AUGAUUGUGAGGACCCUGCUGCUGUCUGUGGUUUGUUUGGCCGUUGCUUCGGACGAUUGCGUGGAUAAACAGACAAAUGUCAUCAAUGUCAUUGAUGGAAGUAAGUGCCAAAUGUUAAAGCCACUAUAAGUCAUCAUUAUCUGCAAUUUGAUUCUUAAUUAUAUACUAUUUUAGCCGAUGGACUCCCAAUAACCACUAAAGAUGGUGCUGCCAACACCUAUGAUUCGAAGAGUCAAGCCAGCUGUCAUGGAAACGCGCCUGACAUAAAAUUCCCUGGAUCUGUGACGGUGUCGAGCGGAUUGAUCAAGGUUUCGCAGCCUUUGAAGCUGGUUGGGAACAGUAGAGUCUUGCUGACAUUGAAGAAGAACUCAAAAAUGAUUGGGACCGUCUGUCAAAACGGAAAGUCCAAACACUUUGGAAUCCCGAGCAAGUACUGGUAGGUUUAAUUUAAAUAGCUGGCUUUGGCAGAAAAGUCAGCUCUUACACUUACUCUUCAAUCUUAAUAGAAGCUCUUCCGCCCUUUGGGAGCUCUUAUCCUUUACAUCUUCAGCCAACCCGACCCCUGCAAGCACGCAGCCAGCCUCUGCACUCUCCUCGAAACGCCCGGAACCUACGAUCUGGCUCAAGUCGAGGAAACGGUCGGAGUCAACGGAACCUUCGUUCUCCCGCAACUGCCUUCAAUCCUCAAAGGCGUCAUUAAAGGCGAAUGGAAGGUGGAGGGGAAACUUGUUGUGAACAACGAAGUCGUGGCGCACCUCAAAAUCCCCUCCGGAGACGGCUGGAUUUAUUUGGAGGCUGAAUAA